UCGUAUCAUCCGUUACGCUCUUUGCACCAAUAACGAGAUGUCUCAAGAUACUACUGCCAAAGAGGUCCUGAAGCUAUAUCAACAAGCUGUCGCUGCACGACGACGUACUCAUAUGCGCUUUCCCGAUCAGGAUCCGGAAGCCAUCACUCGACUCACAAAAAGAUUGAAAAUCUUCGAUUUGUACGGACAAGCGUCGUGUCGAUACAUAUGUCAAGAAAUUCUUCGCUCUCUACCACCCGAGUUGUGUGAUGUGAUCAUCGAAUAUGUCAUCGACCACAAUGACGCAAUCGUGAAAGUGAACCGCAUUUGCGAGCCAGUAUACGCAAACACGAGAGGUCAAUCGCUAGAACAUCACUGGAAAGUGGAAUACGUCGGAAGACUUAUGCUGGCGAGGAUGAUGACUGUCUGGUACAGAAAUAGUAACUUUGUGAUGCAUGGGACGCAAUAUUGGAGGGAAGACUGGAGAGAUUAUUCUUUGCGUGUUUUCCUCAACGAGGAAGCACCUUGUCUAUACCUUCCACGCUAUAGAUUGAUCACGAAAAUCUCCGUUACGAUACAUGCAAGUAGCAUUACCGUGGAUUGGAAGCAGGAAAACCGAAACUGGAAUGGUGCAAAUUCAGCGGAUUUGCGACCAACAUGGGGACAGGUGGUUCAGGGCUUUGAAGCAUUGUUUCAAUUAAGGAGCGGUGCGUCGAUACAGAUUAUCGUCCACGGGUCAGAACGCAUUGGUCUGGGAGAUGAUCGACUAGAUGACAUCCUCGCGACAUGCACCGCUCCGAUUCUGGAAUCUAUGAGCCGCUUGAAAAGAGCUGGAUACAUUCUUAGCACCACCUUGCUUGUUGGCCAACGGAGUUUUGGGUAUUCUUUGUGCGAGCCCAACUCGCUAGACGAAGACGCUGCACACGUUCCUGCAGGUGAAACAGGGUUGAUUUGGAGGCCCUGUCAACCGAAAGUUUCUGUCACUUGGUACCAAGAGCUGCAGCUUAUUAGGUGACAAACAGUUGGUGAAGCAUGAUUGGUGAAUUUUGGUUCUUCGAAACAACGAGGUGUCUUACUGGCCAUGUGGUAGCCGGUACCGCAUCUUUCUGUGAGCGCAUCCGUACUGUUUGUAUCCGGGCAAUACAAGCGCGAAGUCUCCUCACGACUCACUAUGAUAACAACCAUCAUCAAUGUAUUCACGAGUCGCUACCGGAAGACCCCUUUGACUCCACUUACUGCAUUCACGUUUGCUUUAUAUGCAUCGUCACCAACAUUUGCUAAUCUCACUACAUAUCAGAAUGACAUGUCACGUCUCC